AUGAAAAAUUACCUUUGUUCCUCGGAAACGUACUUCUUCUGUUUGGCCCCUGGAGCACGGCCCCAGCUGCUGCCUCCGCUCUGCCCCAGAGCGAGGUGUCAUGGGUGGGAUCAGAGGUGCUUUGAUCACCCCCCGACAGGCUCUGCGCAGGGAUUAGCCGCGCCCGCCUUGGGACGGGCCGCCGUUAAGUCACGUACGCGCUCGCCGCCCCCGACCCAAACACAUGAGAGGCGCACACCACAGGCCAACCAUGAAGAAGAUCUACAUCGGCAAAACGGCCUUAAAGGUGUCCCGCAACGGAGGCAAGCACCCGAAGAAGAGGUGAGGCCCGCCGCCGCCAUCAUCAUCAUCAUAAUCCUCAUCACCUACAUCAUCAUCCUCGUCAUUAUCAUCACCUACAUCAUCAUCCUCGUCAUUAUCAUCAUCAUCAUCACCUUCAUCAUCAUCCUCGUCAUUAUCAUCAUCAUCAUCACCUUCAUCAUCAUCUUCAUCAUCAUAAUAAUCACCUUCAUCAUCAUCAUCGUCACCAUCGUCACCUUCAUCAUCAUCAUAAUCAUCAUCUUUAUCAUCAUCACCAUCAUCACCUUCAUCAUACUCACCUUCAUCAUCAUCAUCAUAAUCACCUUCAUCAUUAUCAUCAUCCUCAUCAUCACCUUUAUCAUCAUCAUCGUCAUCAUCACCUUCAUCAUCAUCAUCGUCAUCAUCAUCUUCAUCAUUAUCAUCAUCGUCAUCAUCAUCACCCUCAUCAUUAUCAUCAUCACCUUCAUCAUCAUCAUAAUCGCCUUCAUCAUUAUAGUCCCCUUCAUCAUCACUGUCACCUUCAUCAUCAUCAUCAUAAUCACCUUCAUCAUUAUCAUCGUCAUCAUACUCACCUUCAUCAUCAUCAUCAUCCCCUUCAUCAUCAUCCUCAUCAUCACCUUCAUCAUCAUACUCACCUUCAUCAUCAUCAUCACCUUCAUCAUCAUCCUCAUCACCUUCAUCAUCAUCUUUAUCAUCAUCAUCAUACUCACCUUCAUCAUCAUCAUCAUCACCUUCAUCAUCACCAUCAUCACCUUCAUCCUCAUCACCUUCAUCUUCAUCAUCAUCAUCAUCAUCAUCAUACUCACCUUCAUCAUCAUCUUCAUACUCACCUUCAUCAUCACCUUCAUCAUCAUCAUCAUCUUCAUUAUCAUCAUCAUGAUAACAUCAUGCUAA